AAAUUCCUUUUCACCCUGCCAGCAUUUCUCCACUAGCUGAAUCCCGUUCCCCUCCGCCGCUCGCCGCCCGCCGCCCGCUGCCGCCCUGCGCCCUGCGCCUUGCGUCGCCUUGCAUCUCUCCACCGGUGCACCCGCUGCUCCAAUCGACUGAUCUGACAGAUCUGCGGAUGUGCCUCGGCGAUGGCGUCGCCGAGGCCGUACUCCCCGCCCAUCACCCGGGGCAGGCGCGCGCGAGAGGCCGCCAGCUCCGACAGGCUCCCCAUGGACGUGCUGUUUAACGUCCUGCUGCGCUUCCCGGCCAGGGACAUCUGCCGCCUCCGCACCGUCUGCCGCUCAUGGCACUCGCUCAUCUCCGAUCCGGUCUUCAUCACGGAGCACGCGGCGCGCCAUCCGGGCCCCCUCUUCCUCGCCCAAUUCCGGGACGACAAGACGCACAGCAUCUACAUAGUAGAUCUGUCAGGUAACGUGGUGAAGCGGAUCGCCGGCGCAGCUGGUGGCCCUUACCACCGGCUGCAAUGCACGCGCCUGGACCGUGCCUGUCUGACUACUGACUGGAACAGAUGCCAUGUGCUCAAUCCGGCUACCGGAGCUGUCCAGGCCCUGCCGGAGAGCCCCGCGGCGGAGCAUGUGAAUCGGGUCAACUUGCGUGACCCUUACACCUUCUUUGCUCUUGGGCGGGUCUCCUCCACGGGAGACUACAAGGUGCUUAGGAUGUUCAACAGGCUUGGCUUUGCCAAAGGCGGUCACCAGCUCUUUGAGGUGUUUACCAUCAACGGUGGCGACGCACAUGCACGGUGGAGAGGGCAGCAGAGCCCUGGCCUCUUUGUUGAUGAGUGCAGUGGUGUUGUAGUUGAUGGGGUGGUGUAUUUCUUGACGAGCAGAGCAUAUGAUGGUGCCCGUUAUGGGAUUCGUGCGGACUAUAUUGUGUCGUUUGACCUUGGGAGAGAGGAGUGGAGGAGAGAUCUCCGAGGCCCCAUAAGUAGCAAGGUUGGAUCUGCCUCAAGUUACAUGAGGCAUCACCUUACUUUGGCUGAGCUAAAAGGCUCUCUGGUUCUUGCAGAUCGCCGUCACCAGCCUUUUACCUUGGACCUUUGGUUUCUAGUGGACUCUGAGAGUGGGCACUGGGUGAAAGAGUACCACAUCCUGACUGGGCCAACAAUCUCACGGCCGGUACUAGUAGAUGAGUCCUUCAAACCAUUGUUGCUGCUAGAUGAUGGGAGAUUGGUCGUUUAUGUAGGAACAAGGGGGCAACUGUUCAUUCAAGACCCAGGAACAGAUAAUUUUGCAAGAGUUUAUAUGGGACUUCUUGAUUCAGUCAGUGUGUACACAGGAAAUCUCUUGAGUGGAGGUUGACUUUGUAGGUUGAGACUCAAAUUAGAUCAUGUCUAAUGUACCUCAUAGGAAUCAAUGAAUCAUUCUCCUAGUUUAUGGAACUGAACUUUGUAUAGAUAUUGAAGAUUAUGGAUCGGUUUAUUGUAAAUCCAUGCUAGUAUUUGAUGUCCCCAUUUUGCCAGCAUCUUUUGUUAUUAUAAAAUGAGGCAUGCUUGUCCAUAAAUAUUUGAACAUAUGGCUUUUUCUUGGUGCCACAGUUCAUGUUUCUGCUGCACCUUUGUUGGGAAAUAACAAAUAGUGGUAUGAUACUAGACUUA